CCAUCUAGCGUUUGGCGUGAUUAUUACAGGAUCAUUUGAGCUACAAGUAUAAAUGCAAACCCUUGAAACACUAAUUUAACAAUGGAAGGAAAACUAAAAAAGUUUCACUUUGGUUAAAGCUUACACUUCAAUGUUAAAUUUUCUCUUUAAGAAAAUAAUAAAUAUUUCUUGGCUACAUUCUAACUCUAAAAAUAAAACAAAAGAAUUAAUCAAAAGUUUUAAAAUCGAUUUUUGCUCGAAGCAAAGAUUUCCGAGCGGUCUCUAAACGCAUCAGGCGUAAUGCUACCGGCAGAAGGAGAAUCUCUCCUUCUCUUUCAUGUGCGCCAAGUGAUGCUGCGCGCUGAUUGGCUGCCGGCUUCGUGCUCCAUCCUGCACGCAGAGCCGCCGCAGCCACGGCGGGGUGUUCAGUCGGCGCUCCUCCCGGCGCUCCCCGGCUCCUCUCCCCGCCGCUGCGCCUCCUCGCACGCGCUCAUGACGGAUCCGAACCAGCACACCAUGCCAGCCAACUGCAUUAUGCGCUGCCGCAGGUUAUUGCUACUUUUGCGCCCUUUGAGGAGGUAGGCGCAAGCUUGCAUCACCAUGGACUACCUUUUCCUCCUCAUUUGGACUUUACCUGUCCCGCUGGUCGGCUGCACCUCAGUCAGGCUGCUCUCCACCCUCUUGUCCUGGAAUAUCAUCAAGACUCUGCACAUCUACUGCACACACUCUGUUUUGGCCAGCUCCUCUUUCAGCAGCAGCCACGGAUUAAAUCAUGACUACGUCAUCGUGACCCCGGUGGAGGUGGACUCUGACGGUGCCUAUCUGACACAUGAUGUGAGCCGGAGAAGCCACCGCAGCAGGAGGUCUCUGUCUUCGUCUUUGCACUACCGCUUCUCUGCCUUUGGGCAGGACUUGCACCUGGACCUGCGUCCGUCCCCUGUGGUCGGCCCCGGGUUCACCGUACAGACUCUUGGCUCAGGCGGCAUCUCCACGGUAACGGGAGAUGCUGGAUUUCGCAACUGCCUGUAUCAGGGAUUUAUCCGCAACCUGUCGGAAUCCUCUGCAGCAAUAUCGGCGUGCUCUGGGCUGUCCGGUUUGAUUCGAGUUUCUCAGGAGGACUAUUUGCUGGCGCCGCUCCCCCAACACUUAGCUGAGCAGCAUAACUACAGCGCCCCCGGUGGUCAUCACCCACAUGUGGUCUACAGGCGAUCAGCAGAGCACAUCGUCCACAGGAAGACCAGGAGCUCGUCUGGAACCACGUCCUCCAGAUGGGACGACUCGUACCUUCAUCAUCUUCAGCGGCAGCAGAGUUCUGGAUCCCAACCCGGAGAACUGCAGAGGCAGCACUUCUGCGGGCGCCGCAAGCAAUACACUCCCAAACCUCCUGCAGAGGACCGUUUCAUCCUGCCUGAUGAGUAUGCCACGCCUGAGGCGGGAGAGCCGGCGAGGGCCAAAAGAUCGCCCAUCAACUCGAACCGGGUGGGUGGACUGAAUGUGGAGACUCUGGUGGUGGCGGACAGGAAGAUGCUGGAGAAGCACGGCAGGGAGAACGUCACCACCUACGUCCUGACCGUCAUGAACAUGGUUUCCAGUCUAUUCAAAGACGGCACCAUCGGGACGGACAUCAACAUUGUUGUUGUUAGCUUGUUGCUGCUGGAACAAGACCCACUGGGUUUGACUGUAAACCAUCAUGCCGACCAGUCCCUGAACAGCUUCUGUCAGUGGCAGUCAGGCCUGGUGGGGAAAGGAGGCAAACGGCACGACCACGCGAUUCUCCUGACUGGACUGGACAUUUGUUCCUGGAAGAAUGAACCCUGCGACACGCUCGGGUUUGCCCCCAUCAGCGGGAUGUGCAGCAAGUACAGGAGCUGCACCAUCAAUGAGGAUACAGGACUCGGCCUGGCUUUCACCAUCGCCCACGAGUCUGGACACAAUUUCGGGAUGAUCCAUGAUGGAGAAGGAAACCCCUGCCGCAAAACAGAAGGAAACAUCAUGUCCCCCACCUUGGCCGGGAACAACGGGGUGUUUUCCUGGUCCACCUGCAGCCGGCAGUACCUCAGCCGCUUCCUUGGAACAGCCCAGGCGUCGUGUCUCGGCGAUGAGCCCAAGCAGAUCGGGCAGUACAAAUACCCCGAGCAGCUUCCGGGACAGCUGUAUGACGCGGACACGCAGUGCAAGUGGCAGUUUGGAUCCAAGACCAAACUGUGCAGUCUGGAUUUUGUCAAGGACAUCUGCAAGUCGCUGUGGUGUCAUCGUGCUGGACACCGCUGUGAGACCAAGUUCAUGCCAGCCGCAGAGGGAACCACCUGUGGUCCAGACAUGUGGUGCCGUAAAGGUCAGUGUGUCAAGUACGGGGACCACGGUCCUAAGGCCAUCCAUGGUCAAUGGUCAUCCUGGUCCCAGUGGUCCGACUGCUCCCGGACCUGCGGUGGAGGGGUCAUGUACAGGGAGCGCUCCUGCAAUAGCCCAAGGCCACAGAACAAUGGUAGAUUUUGCCCGGGAUCCGGCCGUCUCAACCAGCUGUGUAAUACUCAGUCAUGCCCCGUCAACGGCGUGGACUUCAGGGCCCAGCAGUGCAGUGAAUACAACAGCAAGCCUUUCAGGGGCUGGUACUACAAGUGGAAGCCCUACACCAAAGUAGACGAUGAAGACGUCUGUAAGCUGUACUGCAUUGCAGAAGACUACGACUUCUUCUUCGCCAUGUCCAGCAAGGUGAAAGACGGCACGCCUUGCUAUGACCAUAAAGGAGACGUGUGCGUUGACGGAGUGUGUGAGGCUGUGGGCUGUGACCGGAUUCUGGGCUCCAAGGCCUUCGUAGAUGCCUGUGGAGUCUGCAGGGGUGACAACUCCACAUGCAAGUUCUUCAAAGGCCAGUACACCCUCCAGCACCGGGCUAACGAGUAUUACUCCAUGGUGACCGUCCCAGCUGGAGCCCGAAGCAUUCGCGUUCAGGAGAUGGAAGUGUCCACCAGCUACCUGGCCGUCCGCUCUCUGAAGAGGAAGUACUACCUGACCGGAGACUGGACUGUGGACUGGCCGGGGAAGUUCCUCUUUGGUGGGACCGUGUUUGACUACCAGCGCUCUUUCAACAAGCCAGAGAGUCUGUACGCCGCUGGACCUACUAAUGAGACGCUGGUGUUUGAAAUUCUCCUUCAGGGGCAGAACCCGGGGGUGUUGUGGGAGUACACCCUGUCCCGCUCCGAGAGGAAACCUGAAUACAGCUGGGGCGUGGUGCGCUCAGACUGCUCUGCUCCGUGUGCUGGAGGUCGGAUCUCCACCAAAGCUAUCUGUCUGCAGGACCAAAGGACUCAGGUCAACUCCAGCAUGUGUAACCCCCACAGCCGGCCGACGCUGGGCUCCCAUCUGUGCAACACUCAGCCCUGCCCUGCACACUGGGCAGCCGCAGACUGGGGGCCCUGCAGCCGCUCGUGUGGAGGAGGUCAGCAGACCAGGGCGCUGCGCUGCCUCAGGAAGGUCACCUACCAGAGGGAAGAGGUGGUGGCGCACUCCCUCUGCCCCGCCAUCUCGCCCGCGCAGAUCCAGCCGUGCAACACCCAGGCCUGUCCGCCGGAGUGGAGCACUGGAUCCUGGUCACAGUGCUCCAAGUCCUGCGGCCGAGGCCUGAGGAAGCGGAGCGUAUUUUGCCGCAGCACUGAUCCCGGCAUCAAAGCCGUGGUGGUGCCUGACAGCAUGUGCAAGCAGCACCACAGGCCCAAAGCCCAGGAGACCUGUGUCCUGCGGCGCUGCCCCAGGAACGAGAGGCUACAGUGGAUGCUCACUCCCUGGGGAGAGUGCUCCAGGUCCUGCGGUUCUGGCAACCAGAGGAGAGAGCUCCGCUGUGGGGAGAGGGACUCGCAUGGAGGGUUUGUGGAGUUCGCCGCUCGGAGGUGCAGGAAUUUGGCCAAACCGCUGGUGGAUCUCCAGCAGCUCUGCAAUCGAGGUCCAUGCCAGGAGCUCCUUCCUGGGAGGACAACGUCCAGCGCUGUUGUGUUGGGCUGGUACUCGUCUCCAUGGCAGCAGUGCUCCGUGUCCUGUGGAGGUGGAGUUCAGACUCGCAGCACUCAGUGUCUGCGUCAAGGCCGCCCUGCAGCCGGCUGCCUGCCGCACCAGAGGCCCGUCACCUCCAGAGCGUGCAACACACACUUCUGUCCUGCAGCGCCCCCACCUGCAGCUCCGCGCCCCGGCAGCCGCGACACAGCUGCUCGACUGACGGGGAAAGAUGAACUUUGUGUUGAUCAGUUCAGCUGGUGCCACUUGGUUCCCCAACACGGCGUUUGUAACCACAAGUUCUAUGGACAGCAGUGCUGCAAGUCCUGCUCCGGCAAGAGGCCGUAGGACUCAGAACUUUGAAGGACCGCGGCGGCCGGCACUGUGAACAGCGACGUGGGUUUCCCUCCUGGAGUACUUGACCAAUGUGUUUUGUAGAGAAGAAAGAGAUGAACUCUGAUGAUGCUCUUCUGCCAAAAACAAAAAGGCUCACUGAUGACAAAUGAACGUUGGAAAUGGGAUCUGAAGACUUGUUCAUGUAAAACGUAUUCAUGUUGUGAUUUUUGUUUCCUUUUGAAACCUCUAAAACUAGAAAGCCAUCAUGCAACCAGCAAAGGAAUAUAGUGUAGUUUAUCUAUAUAUAGAUACGACUAUAUGUACUGCGAUAGCUCGUAAAGGAGCUGUCGCAGUACAGCUCGCUUAUGUGUUGUAUAUUGAAGGCAUCUGUUCUAUUCGCCUUUAUUUAAGUUAUUAUGGGUCAUAAAAUGUCUUCUCAAGAGUUUUAGUGACACGUUUUCAGCGUUUUGGUGUGAAUCGACGGUUUGUGCCGGUCACCUCUGGACAAGACUUAGAGAUUUAGCUUCUCCUGUCCUUCCCCUCCACAUGUAUCCGUGUACAAUUUAUUCUGCGUCUCCCCAUGGUAAAUAACGUGCACAUCUACCUGUAUUUCUGUUCUCUUUUCUGUGCUCUUCCCAUCAAUUGCGGCUGAAAUGAGGUGAAUAAUGAACGAGGCCGUCUGCAGGCCUCUGGGAGACGAGAGAAGGGUGAAGAGGAUGAUUGCUGGUGAGCGUGGGCACAGACUAGCCAGGUUUUGCUUGAAAAGGGAGAACAAAAGUCCAGUCAAAGUGUGGAGGCUCCGUCGGUGGAGAUGAGAGGAGACAAGCUCGGUUUGAUGUCACGAAACAUCUAAAGAACAACACAAAUGUCAAAAAGAAGUGGAAAUGUAAUGGAGCAUAGAAGGAUCUUUUUAUGAGGAACUCUCUUGGCAUUCUGCUAACCAUUCCGGUGUUAGCUCUGAUGUUUCCAGAAGAUGUUCACAAUAUAGCAUAAAUGUCACGUUUGCACACAGUUCUAAUUGGGAUCACUCCUGUCAGGAUUCUCAGAGGAAGGGCUGGGCGAUGGAACUCGAUCUCAAUGGAAGAAUGAGUCUAUCGCGAUAGACUUUUAUUUUGAAAGGUCCAACAGCAAGACAAACCCACUGGACUUAUAGCAGCAACAGGAAGUUCAACAAAAAGUGUUUUUUAUGUUUUGUGACCAUGAUAUAGCAUAGCAACACGCUAAUGCUAACGAGAUGUUCACAGAACGUUUUAAAGCCGACAACUUUUUCACUGACCAGAUUUUAGGACCGGCCGGAUAAAUAUAUAAAAGUAUUUCAUAGGACAUUCAUAAAAAAUCAUGUUUUGAUAUAAUGACAGAAUUGAGUUCACUGUAUGUUAGCACAAGAAAAAAAAAUAGUUGCAUCAUGUUCAUUGUUGAAAGUAUGACAGGAAGUAAAUAUUUAAAUCUAAACAACCUGCUGAUUUUUUUAAGCUGCAGUGCGUUGAAAUUUGACAAAUAUAGUUAUUAAUUUAUACCAUGAUAUAUAUCCCUAGCGGCCAAAAUGAAAAAAGCUACAUUAUAUCGUGAUAUAAAAAAUUCCAUAUCACCCAGCCCUACUCUGAGGUAAAUGUUUUCAUACAACUUGAAAAAGAAAUAUACAUAUUUAUGAAUGAGGAUUUACUCCCUCAAACACACAAAAACUUUACACAUCUAAUAAAUCCCAACACAGGUUGUCUUCGUCGUACCUUGUAACAGUAACUGGAAAGUCUCAUAUCGCAUUUGAAAAAUAAACAUAUUUGGAAAUGAAUUGUUUGCAUUGUACGGUUUUCAGUUUUUACCAAAAACAACUUUUUCUUUACAGCACGGUACAGGAAGAUUUGGCAAUCUCUGAUUCUGCAUUGUAAAAAGAUGAGUUUGAUCCUCACAGACUCACACAGAUGAACAUGACAUUCAGAUGGAACACUAGCAAAUAAAAAAAUAAAGUUAAAAUUUCUGGAGCUUGUGUUAAAAAAACAUGUCCAAAAAGGGAAUCAGCUGCAACAACGGAAGCUAUGAGGCUUUGGUGGUCCACAUAACGCUUUACUGAUCAGUUUUUACAGGAGAAAUGAAAGCAGUCAGACAGAUUCUCACAUACUUUAUCAAAUAUAUUGAGGGGCAGGAAUCAGAAUAAGAUACACUAAACCUAUUAAGCUAACAUGUAUAUUUUUUUUACGUUUUAGUUCAGUUUAUUUAUUUCAUUUUUAUAGCACAAAACAAAACGUUUCAUAAUCCUCUUGUCCUUGGUGAAAAUUAAAAAAAGAAGAAACAUUUAUUGUCUCUGCUUCAUGUAACUAAAUCCAUCAAGCUAUUUUAACCAAAUCCGUCUCUUUGUAUCGUAACAUUACUAUGUCAACCAGCUGGCAAAAGCAACAAAAGCUGACAAAUAAAAACAAACAGCAAAAGCAAUAAGAAAAUAAACCAAAAACGUCAGAUUUUUGUUUUUAUUUAACCUGUUCUUAAAGACCUUAUAUUUCAUACUGUGUAUUACAUUUAAAAAAAGUGUCAUUAUUAUUAUUUUUUUUAAUGAAAAAAUGAAUGACACUUUUUAAAAAUGUAAUAAUUGAACUAGACUCUUUUAUUGAUUUUUCAAGAUUAUUCCAUAGUCUGAUACCCUGCACCAAAAAAACGUAUUUUCUUCAUUUUUGUUCUGAAUUUGUUGUUUAGAAAAUGUCGUGUCCUUUAAGGUUGUAAUUGGUCUUUUUUUUUUCAAAUAUUUUUUGUAUGUUACAUGGCAGAAUUUAUUUUCAGCAUUAUAAAUGGCGAUAUAGAUAGUUAUUCCCGAUGAUUAUUCUUAUUGCUCGUUUCUGUCAUUUUCAAGCUUUAAAAAAAUGCUGAAGACAGUUUUCUUCCUGAACUGUGAGACAGUUUUAACAACUUUUAAACUCUGAUUCUGAUUCCCAAAGUCUGCAUGAAUCUUGUUUUUGGAUGUCUGAGCCGUGUGACCCAGAGAGUGCAUGCCGGGGGGUGGGGGGGGUGCUGCAUUAAGUAACAGGCGAGCUCCUUGUUUCCGGAGCUGAUUUCACGCUGAUUUUGAAUGUUCUGCCAACAGCAUGCUUGUCUAAUUUGAGCACACAUGCACUUUCUGCAUGAGUUUUCCUGCAUGUCUUUAGGGCAGCUUGUGUCAGUACAUUUUAAUGUCCCUGUGAGAGCCACCCCCCCUCCCCAUCACCGCCUCUCAGCAGGGCAGCAAUUUUACCGUUGAUCCGAUAUGAGCUUUUAUUUCUGCAUCCUGCAAGCGGCCUCGGAUGUGACUCAAUUUCCCUCGUCCAUAUUGGGCCAUGAUGAAAUAUUUGUAUUAUGUAAGCAUGUGUGUGUGUGUGUGGGGGGGGCAUGUGGGUGUGUGUUGGGGGGAGAGGAUGUGGGGUAUUCAACCUGCUGUGCUGCUACAGUUUACAGGCCUCAAGUUUCAAAUGAAAACAACAUAUAGAUUUAUUUUAUUUAUUACACCUUUAUAAUAGCUCUAGUCUUGUGUGUGAGAAGUGGGAGGCUCUCUGUUUAUUAUUAUUAUUAUUAUUUUUAACUAUUGUUAUGGCUUG